AACUAGUCGAAACUUGAAGUGCUCAAGUUUGAGCGAAGGUGAUGUUGAAGAGCGAAGAUUGGGCAGCAAUGGCGGCGGCAUCAGCUCGGGUGGAGAUAGAGAAGAUGAGCAUAGAGCAAGUGAGAGGGGUAAAAGAGCAAGCCGAUCUGGAGGUUAAUUUGUUUCAGGACAGCCUCAAAAACAUCCGCACCGGCACCGUCCGCCUUGAGCUCGCCUCCGCCGCCCUUCACGACCUCUCCCUCCGCCCCCAAGGGAAGAAACUGCUGAUGCCGUUAACGGCGUCGCUUUACGUGCCGGGAAUGCUCGACGAUGCGGAGAAGGUCUUGGUGGAUGUUGGCACUGGCUAUUUUAUUGAGAGUUGGCUUGGUUCUGUCUGGAUAAUUCCUCAGGUUACCUUGAAUGUCUUUACGGCUGAUAUUUGUGGUGGUAAUUGGAGGACGUUGGGGAAAGCAAUUGUCGUUAUCAAAACAAUGGCAGAAGGUAAAGAUUAUUGUGAGCGUAAAAUUUCAUUGCUCAAGUCCAAUGACCAACUUCUUGAGAUUUACGGCUCUUCGUCUAUGAACUUAUGAAGAAGAAUGAGUGGGUUAAAGAGAGGAAAAGGAAAAAGUUCUGU